AAGAACCUUGAAAAUGCCAACCCAACCCCCUCCAAACAUCACCAUCAACACAAUCACAUCCAAAAACCUAACAGACGAAACCCUCAUCCCCCUCUUCACCCUAUCCCAAAAAGUCUUCUCCUCACCAACCGACUCGCAUCGCCCCUCCCACAACCUAGAAACCUGGCGGUCUUACCUCCAACAGCCGGGCUCCAUCCUCCUCUACGCCACGCAUAGUAACUCCCCUCAAACCCCUGUAGGCCUCCUAUUCCUACACCCGCGCACAGCGCCCGAAAUCGGAUAUUCUUUGCCUCAUAUCUGGAUCGCGGCUGUGGAACCUGAGAGUCGGGGAAAGGGCAUCUUUGCUUUGCUUAUGCGGAGGAUGUUUGACUUUGUUCGCGAUGAGCUCGGAGAGAGGGAGGUUACGGUUUGUACUUAUCCCGAGAGGUUUGGGAGGAUGUAUGGGGUUUUGAAGAAGAUGGGGUGGGAGGCUGUUGCUUGGAGGGAGGAGGGGAAGAAGGUUUUGAUGAGGGUUGGGGUUUGAGGAUUAUCAUAUGCCUUCUUGAUCACGGUGCUAUGCUAUGAUAUGAUACAGCUGUGGUGAUUGGUACUGGUGUCAUUUUCCUGGAAGUCAUCCACCAGAUUGCAGUACCCGAUGCGCAGCGAGAAAUUGAUACGCAUCAUUGAUUGAUCCUCAGGAAUUCCCUUUCAAGAACAGGUACACCGAGAAUCUCACACAAAGGUUCCC